AGCAGCUGCAUUACAAUAAUUAAAGCAUAUAUAUAUACAUAUAUAAUCUCUCUCUGUCUCUCUCAUUAAUUUCCAUGGCAAUCCCAGUGAUUGAUUUCUCGAAGCUUGGGGGCGAGGAGAGGUCCAAGACAUUGGCAGAGAUAGCUCAAGGCUGUGAAGAAUGGGGAUUCUUUCAGCUGGUGAACCAUGGGAUUGGAGAGGAGCUUCUGGACAGGGUGAAGAAGGUUGCUUCGGAGUGCUUCAAGCAGGAAAGAGAAGAAGGCUUCAAGAACUCAGCGCCAGUUAAGAUGUUAAAUGAUUUUGUGGAGAAGAAGAAGCAGAAGCAGAAGCAGGAGCUGAAUACAACUGUUGAGGAUGAUGAUGAUGAGAAGCUGGAGAGUGUCGACUGGGAGGAUGUUUUCCUCCUCUCCGAUGAUAACCACUGGCCAUCAAACACUCCGGGAUUCAAGGAAACAAUGGCGGAAUACAGAUCGGAGCUGAAGAAGCUGGCGGAGAAGGUGAUGGAAGUGAUGGACGAGAACCUAGGCUUGCCUAAAGGGUACAUCAAGAAGGCCUUCAAUGGCGAAGAAGAAGAAAAAGAAGAAGAAGAAGAAGGAAAAGCCUUCUUUGGCACCAAGGUGAGCCACUACCCGCCGUGCCCUCACCCGGAGAUGGUGAACGGAAUCCGGGCUCACACCGACGCCGGCGGCGUCAUCCUGCUCUUCCAAGACGACAAGGUCGGUGGCCUGCAAAUCCUCAAAGGCGGCCAAUGGAUCGACGUCCAGCCGCUGCCCAACGCCAUCGUCAUCAACACGGGCGACCAGAUCGAGGUCCUGAGCAACGGCCGGUACAAAAGCGUUUGGCACCGGGUUCUGGUCAACCGGGAAGGGACCCGGCGAUCCAUCGCUUCCUUCUACAAUCCGUCGCUCCAUGCCACCAUUGCUCCGGCGCCGGAACUGGUGGCGAAGAUGAACCAGGCGACGGAGACGGAGGCCGGCGGAGAAGGCUACCCUAAGUUUGUGUUUGGCGAUUACAUGUCGGUUUAUGCGCAGCAGAAGUUUCUUCCCAAGGAGCCAAGGUUCCAUGCCGUGAAGGCCAUGUGAUCUCCCCUAAGGCUUAUCGUUCUCCUAAGGCCAGACAGGGUCUUUCUGGUUUUUUUUUUUUUUAAAUAAUAUGAUUGCUGCUUAAACUUGUUGAGAUUCGGUUAAUUUGUAAUAUAAUCUGUAUUUGCAACAUUUCUUGAAUGCAAAAGGAAGAGAUGUGCAUUUUCA